UCCCGCGCGCCCGCCCGCCGCUCUCCCUCCCCGCCUCCCCCCCCCUCCCUCCCGCCCUCCCUCCUCCCGCUCCGCCCGGAGCGCCCUUCGCCCAACGCCGUUACCGGCGCCGACACAGCCGAGGCCCGAGCGCUGCCGCAGCCUGAGCCCACCAUGGACACCGGAGUCAUCGAAGGGGGUCUCAAUGUCACGCUCACCAUCCGGCUACUCAUGCACGGAAAGGAGGUGGGAAGCAUCAUUGGGAAGAAAGGGGAGUCCGUGAAGAAGAUGCGUGAGGAGAGCGGAGCUCGCAUCAACAUCUCGGAAGGGAACUGCCCCGAGCGGAUCAUCACCCUCGCGGGACCCACCAACGCCAUCUUCAAAGCUUUUGCGAUGAUCAUUGACAAACUGGAAGAGGACAUCAGCAGCUCCAUGACCAACAGCACAGCUGCCAGCCGGCCCCCGGUCACCCUCCGGCUUGUGGUCCCCGCCAGCCAGUGCGGGUCCCUCAUUGGCAAAGGAGGCUGCAAGAUCAAGGAGAUCCGAGAGAGCACGGGGGCACAGGUCCAGGUGGCAGGGGACAUGCUGCCCAACUCGACUGAGCGAGCCAUCACCAUUGCUGGGAUCCCACAGUCCAUCAUCGAGUGCGUCAAACAGAUCUGCGUCGUCAUGCUUGAGUCUCCCCCGAAGGGUGUCACCAUCCCCUACCGACCCAAGCCAUCCAGCUCUCCCGUCAUCUUUGCAGGCGGCCAGGACAGGUACAGCAGCGGCAGUGCGAGCUACCCCCACACCGCCCCAUCCAUGUGCCUCAACUCUGACUUGGAGGGACCACCUCAGGAGGCCACCCGGCAGCCACUGCAUGGCAACGAACUUGGGCCAAUUCCAGCCUGGGCUGCAGUUCUUCCGGCCUAUACCAUUCAAGGACAGUAUGCCAUUCCACAGCCAGAUCUGACCAAGCUGCACCAGUUGGCAAUGCAACAGUCACACUUUCCAAUGUCUCAUGGCAACACUGGAUUCAGUGGCGUUGACUCCAGCUCUGCAGAGGUGAAAGGCUAUUGGGGUUUGGAUGCCUCUGCCCAAACCACCUCCCAUGAACUCACCAUUCCAAACGAUCUGAUUGGCUGCAUCAUCGGGCGUCAGGGCGCCAAGAUCAACGAGAUCCGCCAGAUGUCCGGGGCUCAGAUCAAGAUUGCCAACCCCGUGGAAGGCUCUACUGACAGGCAGGUGACCAUAACUGGAUCUGCAGCAAGCAUCAGCCUGGCCCAGUAUCUAAUUAAUGUCAGGCUCUCCUCGGAGACCGGGGGCAUGGGCAGCAGUUAGGGGGGCCCCGGACCCCCCCGCCUCGCCAUCCAUCUGCGGCCCCUUAGCACCGACCCAGGUUUUAAACUAGUUUGUACAUUUUCGGUUCCUCCAGCCUCGCGCCACUCACCAGGUUCAGUUUGUUUCAAUUUUUUUUUUUUUUUUUUGUUUUUUCGUUUUUGUUCUGUUUUUUCGGGGUUAUAUUUUUUUCCCCCUCCACCCCCACCCACCUUUCUCUCAAAUUAAAAAGCAUUUUAAUUCCUUCGUUCAGCUCUUAAAAUUGCUGAACCCCAAAUCUUAGUUUUAUAAAGCUUCUCUCUCUCCUCUCCCCACCCCCCCAGCACCUUCUCCCCUCCUUUCCCCGUUUUUUCGGCUCAUGAAGUUUCUGUUUUUGUCAUGAAAUGUAAGAGUGGAAGAAAAACGAAAAAAAAGCAAAAAAAAGCAAAAAAAAAACCAUUUCAGUUUAGUUCUGUAACGUCAGGAAAUUUUUCAAAAAAAAAAACUGAAUAAAAAGAUGGACUGGAGCUUUUCCUUGUGAAUAGAA